AGCGAGAGGAUGCUGGCGGGGGGCGUGAGAAGCAUGCCCAGCCCCCUCCUGGCCUGCUGGCAGCCCAUCCUCCUGCUGGUAUUGGGCUCUGUGCUGUCAGGCUCUGCCACAGGCUGCCCGCCCCGUUGCGAGUGCUCAGCGCAGGACCGAGCAGUGCUCUGCCACCGAAAGCGCUUUGUAGCGGUGCCCGAGGGCAUCCCCACCGAGACUCGCCUGCUGGACCUGGGCAAAAACCGCAUCAAGACACUCAACCAGGACGAGUUCGCCAGCUUCCCACACCUGGAGGAGCUGGAGCUCAAUGAGAACAUCGUAAGCGCCGUGGAGCCUGGCGCCUUCAAUAACCUCUUCAACCUGCGGACGCUGGGGCUUCGCAGCAACCGCCUGAAGCUCAUCCCGCUGGGUGUCUUCACCGGCCUCAGCAACCUGACCAAGCUGGACAUCAGUGAGAACAAGAUUGUCAUCCUGCUGGACUACAUGUUCCAAGACCUAUACAACCUCAAGUCGCUGGAGGUUGGCGACAACGACCUCGUCUACAUCUCCCAUCGAGCCUUCAGCGGCCUCAACAGCCUGGAGCAGCUGACUCUGGAGAAAUGCAAUCUGACCUCCAUCCCCACUGAGGCACUUUCCCACCUGCAUGGCCUCAUUGUCCUGCGGCUACGACAUCUCAACAUCAACGCCAUCAGGGACUACUCCUUCAAGAGGCUGUAUCGACUCAAGGUCUUAGAGAUCUCCCACUGGCCCUACCUGGAUACCAUGACCCCCAACUGCCUCUAUGGCCUCAACCUGACAUCCCUGUCCAUCACGCACUGCAACCUGACCGCGGUACCCUAUCUGGCCGUUCGCCAUCUGGUUUAUCUCCGCUUCCUCAAUCUUUCCUACAACCCCAUCGGUACCAUCGAGGGCUCCAUGCUGCAUGAGCUGCUGCGGUUGCAGGAGAUCCAGCUGGUGGGUGGGCAGCUAGCCGUGGUGGAGCCCUAUGCGUUCCGUGGGCUCAACUACCUACGAGUGCUCAAUGUCUCUGGCAACCAGCUGACCACCCUGGAGGAAUCGGCCUUCCACUCAGUGGGCAACCUGGAGACGCUCAUCCUGGACUCCAAUCCACUGGCCUGUGACUGCCGACUGCUGUGGGUGUUCCGGCGCCGUUGGCGGCUCAACUUCAACAGGCAGCAACCCACCUGCGCCACACCUGAGUUCGUGCAGGGCAAGGAGUUCAAGGACUUUCCAGAUGUACUCCUGCCCAACUACUUCACCUGCCGCCGGGCCCACAUCCGGGACCGCAAGGCACAGCAGGUGUUUGUAGAUGAGGGCCACACGGUGCAGUUUGUGUGCCGGGCGGAUGGCGACCCUCCACCAGCCAUCCUUUGGCUCUCACCGCGCAAGCACUUGGUCUCAGCUAAGAGCAAUGGGCGGCUCACAGUCUUCCCUGAUGGCACGCUGGAGGUGCGCUACGCCCAGGUACAGGACAACGGCACGUACCUGUGCAUCGCAGCCAAUGCUGGUGGCAACGAUUCCAUGCCUGCCCACCUGCAUGUGCGCAGCUACUCGCCUGACUGGCCCCAUCAGCCCAACAAGACGUUCGCCUUCAUCUCCAACCAGCCAGGCGAGGGAGAGGCCAACAGCACCCGCGCCACCGUGCCUUUCCCCUUCGACAUCAAGACACUCAUCAUCGCCACCACCAUGGGCUUCAUCUCCUUCCUGGGCGUUGUCCUCUUCUGCCUGGUGCUGCUGUUUCUCUGGAGCCGGGGCAAAGGCAACACAAAGCACAACAUCGAAAUUGAGUAUGUGCCCCGGAAAUCGGACGCAGGCAUCAGCUCUGCUGAUGCACCCCGCAAGUUCAACAUGAAGAUGAUAUGA